AUGACGGAGGUGCUGGCCAACGGCAGCCUGCACUUCCCGCCCUUCUCCGCCGAGCAGUUCAGCCCCGAGGUGCACGUGGCCAGCUACCGCUGCAGGGCCGCCAACCCCGCCGGCGCUGUGGUCAGCCGGGACUGCAGGGUGCGGGCCCACGUGCUGCAGCCGUACGAGGUGCAAGUGAACAACGCGUACGUGAUGAAGGGCAACGUGGCCGUGCUGAGGUGCGGCAUAUCGGGCUUCGUGAGGGACGUGGUGACCGCGGCGAGCUGGCUGAAGGAGGACCCCCAGACGGGACGCACCACUCUCCACCCGGGCUCCAGGUUCUCGAUGACGAGCUCCGGGGCCCUGCACGUGCACGACACAGUCCCCAGCGACGCCUACAGCCACUUCUACUGCUGGACGCUGCACCGGCUCACGGGAGAGAGGCGUCUCAGUCGACCGGGGCAGAUCAUCGUCACAGAGCCGGAGCGUGACAUCGCCCCGCGGAUAGAGCACUCUGUGUCGAGCGUGAGCGUGCGAGCCGGCAGCACGGCGGACCUGGUCUGUGUCGCACAAGGCAACCCGCCGCCCAAGUACAGGUGGUACCGCGAAGUGUCCGGCUCCCUCCAGGAGGUGCACCCCAGCUCGGUGCUGGUGUGGCCGCUGCAGUCUGUGCUGCAGUUCCCGCGCGCGCAGCCCGAGGACUCUGCGCGCUACGUGUGCGCCGCGAGCAGCGCGCUGGGCGAGGACCGCCGCGAGAUGAGCCUCGCCGUGCGGGCGCCGCUGUCGGCGCAGGUCAGGCCGCAGCUGCAGGUGGCUGACGUGGGCUCGUCGGCCAGCUUCAGCUGCCUGGCGUCGGUAGCCGGCCUGCAGCUCGCCUGGCUCAGGAACGGCCGGCCCCUGGCGGAGGACGAGCGAGUCAGCGUGCUGAGGGGAGCCCAGACGCUCGUCAUACACUCGGUGCGCAAGGAGGACAAGGGAGUGUACCAGUGCGUGGUGCAAGGAGACGACGACAGCGCCCAGGCCAGCGGCGAACUGGGGCUGGGAGCCGUGGCCCCGGAGCUGCUGUCCACCUUCAUCGAGCAGACGCUGCAGCCGGGCCCUCCCGUGUCGCUGCGCUGCAUCGCUGCGGGCAACCCGCCGCCGCACGUCACCUGGCUGCUGGACGGCGGGCAGCUGUCCCCGCGCGGUUACGUGCUGGGCAGCUUCGUGAACCCCGCGGGCAGCGUCGUCAGCCACCUCAACAUCUCGUACACGCGCGUGCAGCACGGCGGGAUCUACUCCUGCGUGGCGCGCAACCUGCUCGGCACGGCGCGGCACUCCGCCGCCCUCAACGUGUACGGCCCGCCCACCGCCCGCCAGCCGGUGAACAUCACAGCUGUGGUCGGCACGGACCUGUACGUCGUGUGCCCCGCGGCCGGCUACCCCGUCUCGCGACACCAGUGGGAGCGCGCGGGCGCCCUGCUGCCCGCGCACCGUCGCCACACCGUCUUCGCCAACGGCACCCUGCUGAUCCGGCGCGUGGACGGCGCCUCCGACAAGGGCGAGUACCUGUGCUCCGUCAGCAACCAGCAGGGCCAGACGGCGCUCGGCCGCGUCCACCUGGACAUCAUGAAGCCACCAGAAAUUGCACCUUUCCAGUUCCCGGGUAAACUGAGCGAGGGCAUGCGGGCUCAGGUCUCCUGCAGCAUCAUCUCCGGCGACUUUCCGAUAUUCAUCUCCUGGAGGAAAGAUGGCGGCUCGCUGCCGCAGGACCCCGCCGUGCUGGAGCAGAGACACCAGUUCGUGAGCAGCCUCAUGUUCGGCGACCUGGCGGCGCGUCACUCGGGUCGCUACACCUGCAUCGCGGGCAACGCCGCCGCCACCACCAACUACACGGCCCGCCUGGAGGUCAGGGUUCCCCCGGCCUGGGUGAUCGAGCCGCACAAUGCCUCGGUCCUGUUCCAGCACUCCAUCAGCCUUCACUGCCACGCCAGCGGGCAUCCCACACCUUCCAUCACGUGGCUCAAGGGCACAGUGCCAGCGCGCUUCGUGUCACGUGCGGCCAACCACAGUGGCGUGCUGGGGCACAGCGCAGUUCUGGAAUGCGAGGCGGAGGGCGACCCACCACUCAGGAUCACGUGGUCGACGGCGCGGCACCCAGGACCGCUGGGCCGAGGCCAGGUCACUGAGCGCCCCACUGCCUCGGGCCUAGUCUCCCAGCUGCACCUCGGCCAUCUGGAGCGUGAGCACGCCGGCGCCUACCACUGCCUCGCCGCCAACAACUUCGGCCAAGACCAGAUGGUCGUCUACCUUACAGUCAAGGAACCGCCGGAUGUGCCAGAGCAGGUGCAGGUGGUGGCGGCGGGCAGUCGCUGGCUGAGCGUGUCAUGGGACACUCCUCGCUCCGGACAAGCCCCAGUCCAGCACUACGUGGCGCAGUUCAGGGUUGCCGAGGGAGGGCCCUGGAGCAACGUGACGGUGGACCGCCACACGCUCACCACGCGACUGGGCGGCCUGCAGCCUUCCAGCGCCUACUUCAUCCGCGUGCUGGCCGUCAACGAGGUGGGCGCGAGCGAGCCGAGCACGCCCAUCACGGGCCUCACCACGCAGGAAGCCCCGAGCGCACCGCCGAGUGACGUAUUCAUCAAAGCCACGAGCUCCACCUCCGUGAACGUUCAGUGGAAGCCACCAGCAGGAGGCCAGCAGCAGGGCGCUCUGGCGGGCUACAGGAUCAGCUACCGCCAGCUGCCCAGCGGCGCCACUCAGGUGCGCACUGUCAAAGGAGGCCGCUCGGAGGUGCUGCUGACCUCGCUGCGCCAGUACUCGCGCUACGAGGUCACGGUGCAGGCCUUCAACUCGGUGGGGCCGGGUCCUGCCUCCCCCCCGCUCGUCGUCACCACUCUGGAGGGUGUGCCCGGUGCUCCGCCGCAGAACGUGCGCUGUCAGACGCUGUCCUCGCAGAGCCUGCGGCUGCAGUGGGAGCCGCCCGACCCUGACCACCGCAAUGGCGUCAUCGAGGGCUACAAGGUGACCUACCGCCGCGCCAGUCCUCGUGCAGGCCAGCAGGCGGCGGAGACCAAGAAGACCUCGAGCCUGGAGACGACCCUGCACGGGCUGGCGCGCUUCACCAAUUACAGCGCGCGCGUCGCCGCCUUCACUCGCGCGGGGGAGGGUUCCCGCAGCUCGCCGCUGCUGUGCCGCACGGACCAGGACGUGCCGGGGCCGCCCGACAUGGUGAAGGCGCUGACAAUGAACGCCGACAGCGAGCUGGUGUCGUGGCGAGUGCCGGGGCCGCCCGACAUGGUGAAGGCGCUGGCAAUGAACGCCGACAGCGUGCUGGUGUCGUGGCGAGGCCCUCGUGAACCCAACGGAGAUGUCGUCAAGUACCACGUGUUCUCCCGCUCUCUUCUCGACGGCAAGGAGACGCAGGACUCGGUGCCGGCAGACAAGGACCUCCUGCACGAGGCUCGGCGACUCAAGGAGUUCCAGCGCUACGAGUUCUGGGUGACGGCCGUCACGGUGGUGGGCGAGGGCCCCAGCAGCGCGCGGGUCACGCAGUCUCCCGUGUCUCGGGUGCCAGCCAGGAUCGCCUCGUUCUCCGGCGCAGUGUUCGGCGCGGCGGGGCGCGCCCUGACGCUGCCGUGCCGCGCCGUGGGGCUGCCGGCGCCCUCCAGGACGUGGCGAGGCCCCGGCGGGGGCGGCGCCCUGCUGCCCCGCCACCAGCUGCUGCCCGACCGCCGCCUCUCGCUGUCGCCGCUGGCGCCCGACCACGCCGGCAACUACACCUGCGUGGCCGAGAACGUGUUCGGCCGCGACGAGGUGACGUACGCGCUGGCGGUGCAGGUGCCGCCGCGGGCGCCCGUCCUCAGCGCCGCCGCCGCCUCGCCGCACGGGCUCACGCUCGUGUGGCGUGCGCCCGACAGCGGCGGCAGUCCCAUCACAGGCUUCAUACUGAAAUACAAGCACAGUCUGGACCAGUGGCAGAAGUUGUUCAUAGACCCCGAUGACAGCUCGUUCACGUUGGAUGGCCUCAAGUGCGGAGUGACAUACCACCUAUCUCUGUUGGCAACCAACGAAGUGGGUCACGGCAAACCCAGCCCCGUCAUCACCGCGGCGACCAAAGGCGCAGCGCCCAAGCCCCUGGCACAGGAGGACUUCCAGGCCGUGAACCAAACGAGCGUGGUUGCUUAUAUGCCCAAGCCCCCGGCACAGGAGGACUUCCUGGCCAUGAACCAAACUAGCAUGGAUGCUUAUACGCCCAAGCCCCCGGCACAGGAGGACUUCCUGGCCAUGAACCAAACGAGCAUGGUUGCUUAUACGCCCAAGCCCCCGGCACAGGAGGACUUCCUGGCCAUGAACCAAACGAGCAUGGUUGCUUAUACGCCCAAGCCCUCGGCACAGGAGGACUUCCUGGCCAUGAACCAAACGAGCAUGGUUGCUUAUACGCCCAAGCCCCCGGCACAGGAGGACUUCCUGGCCAUGAACCAAACGAGCAUGGUUGCUUAUACGCCCAAGCCCUCGGCACAGGAGGACUUCCUGGCCAUGAACCAAACGAGCAUGGUUGCUUAUACGCCCAAGCCCCCGGCACAGGAGGACUUCCUGGCCAUGAACCAAACGAGCAUGGUUGCUUAUAGUAACUCGCUAGCACCCAGGGCACCAGUCAAAGAGGACCUGUUACUGAUUUAG